AUGGAAAAGAUGGAAGUCACCGUCCUGGCCAGCAUUCCGUUCGCCCAAUGGGACGACGCUACGAAGAUGAUGAUCAAAGUAGCUUCAGAUGACAGCUUUCUCGUCAUCACUGAUUCUACAAUCUUUUAUGCUAAAGGUGGUGGUCAACCAAGCGAUACUGGUACCAUGAGCUUUCCCGACGAGGCAUCAACUUUCACUGUCACAUCUGUUCAAAAGCUUCCGUCCGGAACGAUCGUACAUCUCGGGACAUACUCGGGCAGCCCUUUUGAGGAACAGAAGAUGGUGAUCCAGAAAAUCGAUAAGGAUACGCGAAAGCUUCAUUCACAGAUUCAUGACGCUGGUCACAUCCUCUCUUCCGCUAUUAGAAGACUGGGAAUACCAGAGUUGCGGGAGAUCAAAGCUCAACACUAUCCUGGCACCGCAUUUGUCGACUUCCACGGGAUCAUCCAGAGCGAUAGAAAGGAGGAUUUGGAGAGAAUGGCGAAUGAAAUAGUCCAAGGCGAUCGCUCAAUUGACGUUCGUUGGUGGUCAAGAGAUGAGCUUAAAGAAAAGUCUUGGACAAUGCCAGAGGAUGACGGCAGUAGGGACGAUCUUGUUAGAGCUGUUGAGAUUGAGGGAGAGGGUGCUUAUAUGUGCGGAGGAACUCAUAUGAGAAGUACGGCUCUAGUGGGAAAGAUCAGGGUAAGGAAAAUAAAGAGACAGCAAGGGGUAACUAGAGUGUCUUAUGAGUUGGUGUAG